AUGCUUCAUCGAUGCCGCGCACACAAGCUACGCUUCGCCACGUUCAACCUCGGACAAAGCGGAGCGGGCGGGACCGACAAAAUCAACUCCAACGGAUACCGGCUCAACGAGAUUAUGGACGCAGUGGAGCUGAUAAACUUCGAAGUAAUCGGCCUGGCGGAGACGCACACCACGAAGGCCCAGCAGUACACGUGGCCGAAGGGAAAGCUCUCAGGCGCUGAAAUCUUGCUCGGUAGCAGUGACGCGGGACAGAACAACAGCACCAUCGGCGGGGUGGGCUUCAUCGUGCACAGCAGCAUCGCUGGCAGAGUCCACUCGGUUAGCUUCCCCUCUAGCCGCAUCGGCAUCCUGAAGCUGAAAACACCGGGCCAGCGAGCGCCGAUCAAGAUCGUGCAGGUGUACGCCCCACACAGCGGAUACGCGGACGCAGACCACGACCAGUUCUACCUAGACCUGCAGGCCGCGAUGGCGGAACCGUCGUGCCGGACGAUCGUCAUGGGCGACUUCAACGCGCGAACAGGCAUUGGCGAAGCCGGCGAGCGAUACAUAGGAAAGUUCAGUGCGGAAGAGCGCAACGAGGCCGGACAGCGCAUGGUCACCUUCGCCGAAGCCAACAAGCUGUACGUGAUGAACAGCUUCUACCAGAAGCCCAGAAGGAAGCGAUGGACCUGGCAGUCAGCAGACGGCGUGACGCGCUCGGAGCUCGACUACAUCCUCUGCGAUGACAAAAGCUGCGUACUAAACGUCGAGAUGCUAACGAGAUUCGAGGCCCGCAGCGACCACAAAAUCGUCCGAGCGACGCUAAACCUCGACCUGCCAAAGAUGAAGCGAGACAAGGCACUUGCGGCAAAACGGAAGCUACCGACAACGAUAUCGGAGAGUUUACUCCAGAGGAAAAUCGCUGUGGCCGACUGGAAAGUGGAAGGCGACCAACGCGUCAACGAGCACUACGAGGCCCUGGAGACUACGCUCCUCGAGUGCGUAAAGGAGUCGGAGGUGAGACGUGCCGCAUGCCGGGAACCAAGAAUAACGGAUGAAACCCGAGCGCUGAUGAGACGGCUACAGCAGCUUAAACAAGAGUCAAAAGAGCCGGAUGAAUGCCGCAGGCUGAGCCACGUUGUCCGAGAACGCCUUGCACAAGACUACAACGACUACCGAAACCGAAGGUUAGUCGAGACCGCCGAAGCUCGCCAAAGCCUGAAGAAGUGCCGGAGAAACUUAGCGCAAACCAGGCAGAUAGCAGGAGCGCUGCGCGACGAAGAAGGCGAAUUGCAGACGGAGAGGGAGGCCAUCGAAGAAGUAUGUCGCCGCUUCUACACGACGCUCUUCGACAGCAAAGUAGCAGUAGAGAGGACCGAAGAAGGCUUAGCGGAACGGACGGCCCCGCUUCCCGUCACCAACCUUGAAGUGGAAGCCGCGCUGAAGAAGUUCAAAAACGGGAAAGCGCCUGGACCGGACGGCAUCACAGCCGAGAUGCUGAAGAAGGGCGGACCUCUCCUGUGGAAGCGCAUCGCAAAGCUGUUCACGCUCUGUCUCCGUACUCGACGGAUACCGCUGAAGUGGAAAGAAUCCAAGACCGUCCUGCUCCACAAGAAAGGCGACACGGAGGACCUAAAGAACUACCGACCGAUCUGCCUAUUACCAGUGAUCUAUAAGCUGUUCACGAAGGUCGUCCUAAACCGGAUUACCGAGCAACUGGACGCAGCCCAGCCACCAGAGCAGGCCGGGUUCCGAAGCGGUUUCUCGACCUCUGACCACAUGCAGACGCUGAACCAGAUCCAGGAGAGGGCACGCGAGAAAGGUAUGCGGCUGUACCUCGUCUUCAUUGAUUACGAGAAGGCGUUCGACUCCAUCGAGAUCAACGCAGUACUAAACGCACUCACACGGCAAGGCGUCGAUCAGAGCUACAUAGACGUGCUGGAAGACGUGUACGAGGGCUGCACGACCGAGAUCAAACUCUUCCACGACGCCAUCAACAUUCCCAUACGCCGCGGAGUCCGUCAAGGAGACACCAUCUCUCCGAAACUCUUCACUGCUGCCCUGGAAGAGAUCUUCAAAGAACUCAGAUGGGAAGACCGGAGCAACUGCGGCAUCACAAUCGACGGCAGACGACUCACUCACUUACGUUUCGCGGACGAUAUCGUGCUGAUCGGCAAUACGAAGAAGGACGUCGAAGGCAGACUGACUGAGCUCAACAGAGCCAGCGAAUCCGUCGGGCUGCGCAUCAACCGCUCUAAGACCAAAUGGAUGGAGUACUUCAAGACAAAUGAGCGCAUCCACCUCGGGAACGAAGAAAUCGAGCGGGUACAAAAGUACGUCUACCUUGGCCAGGAACUCUCGCAAGACCACCAGCAAGGACUGAAGGGCGAGAUCGGACGAAGAAUAAAGGCGGGGUGGUGCGCCUUCAACAGCAUUAGCGACGUCCUGAAGAAGCUGACGGACGUAGACAAACGAGCUCAACUCUUCAACUCGACGGUGCUUCCAGCUCUUAUCUACGGUUGUGAAACGUGGACGCUGACAACAUCGCUCGCAAACAGACUUCGGUCUACGCAGCACGCGAUGGAACGAAGAACGCUCGGCCUCACCAUGUGGGACUGCAGGAGAAACGAAGACAUCCGCGCAGAAACCCGCUUCAAAGGAGCAAUCGAAGAGGCAAACCGUCGAAAACUCUCGUGGGCAGGCCAUGUCGCGAGAAGAGAAGACGGCCGUUGGACAGUCGCAGCCACAAACUGGAACCCCAACAGGAAGCCGCCGCCGAGAUGGGGCAAACCGACCCGGUGGGACCAGUACAUCACUCGGAAGGCCGGCCCCGACUGGAGAACAACGGCUCAACGACGCAGCUUAUGGCGGAACCAGUGUACGGCCACGCCGUCUCCGCGUCGCCCGAGAAGACAAGUUACGCAACCUGCCGACUCGGACGACUGA